UUAUUAUUAUUAUUUAACAAAUUAAUUUCUUUGGCUUUAAUGUUGCUAUUAGUGCUUCUUGUAUUUUCUGAAUUUUAGGUUGUCUACUGGUUUUCCAAUGCUUUUGUUGGGCUGAAUUAUUUUUGCUUCGAAUAAGAUAUGGAGAUUGUUAGAAGCUUUGCAUUGUAUGCUUUGAAGAAAUUGAUGUUUUCAUCAGUCUUGUUAUAAAGAUUGGAUAUUAUAGUGAACUGGAGAGUUGGCGGUGUUAUUUAUUAGAGAAUGGUCUAAACGUGUAAAAUUAGAUUCAUGAGUUUCUUAAGAUUGAUGCUUCAUAGAAUCGUAGAUUUUCCUGAACAUCAUAAUAUGCAAAUGAAUAGGAAAAGUUCAAUAGAAUAUAUGAGUAGAACUAUAUAUGUCCCACUUUGUGUGGUUUUGUUUGUUGAUGCAAUAGCUCCAACUGAUGUUUUUGGUAAAAGAAAUCUAACCUAAGUAUAAAAAAGUACAGUUGAAUUUUCUAACCAUCCGAAAUCUGUCAAUGUCAAUGUGAUUAUCACUCAAUGCCAAGAGAUAUCUCUCUGGUUGCAUAGAAAUAAAAGUUUUUACAGAAGACCUAACUUAUUGCUUGUGUAUAACUCCUUCAAAUAAUUAUGGAACUUUUCGUGCCACGUUUUGGACGAUUCCAAGUUAGAAGUAAUAAUGGCUUACUUUUUUCCUGGAGAAAGGCUGGACUUCAAUGAACCGACAGGCCUGUAAGAUGCAUUUGAAUAUCAUCUAUAUGGGCAUUUACUAAAUAUGCAAUCCUUGUUAUGUAAAUGUUACCAAUGGGCAAGAAAAAUAUGUUUCUCUAAUACUCUCUAAAAGACUCUUCUUUGUAUUUCUCAGACAACUUAAGAUACUUUGGUGAUUCUUGAUGCUUAAGCUGAAUGGCCUUUGCUAAUGAUAGUAUUGAAGGCCUUAUGGUUCUGUCCUACCCCUACUUGUUAGGUAGUUGAGACAUACUGACAUAGUCUAAGCUUUUUAGCAUUUCUGCUGGUCUUAAUGAACAACGCCUUCUUGUUUUCUCAAACAUUUUCUUUGCAUUCUGGUUUUGCAACUUUAGCCCAUAGUCUCUGCAUUCAACACACUAGACACUUUUACAAGGUUGCGGCAUUGCGCUGCUGCAUUUGCAGUCUUCUGGACUUGCCAUUCAUCAUAGGACAUUGUUUAAUGUUUUGUUAAUAUGUAGUUAAAACGUGAUCUUCAUUUUCUGGCCGGCUUAACUACUAGUACUAUUUAUUCUUCUUGAAAAGUUAAACCCAGGUUGACUGGUCCUCAAAGAAUAUUGGUUCUCAGAUUUAGAUGUGAUGACUCUUGUUUAGGAAUCUAUCUGUGAGUAUUUGUAGUUGUCAGAUUAUGCACCAUUAAUGUGCUCUUCUUGGAAGACUUCGGGACACUACUAUUUUGGAUCUGAGUGUGUGGGAAACACAAAUUUGUUAGAUGUUACUCAGCUCCAUAAUUAACAACCAUGCUAGUUUCGACUCAAAAUAGCCCUGUUGGAGGUGUGAUGUGUUUUCAAGUCUUCCCGAAAACAACUCAAAAGAGCUGAUGAGCUUAGUGCCUCAUCUUUUAUGAUGUGGAUCUCUGUUGAACUCUCAUUCAAAAAAUAAUGUUUUAGUACUGGUCAUUCUAGUUCGAAUGAGGCCUUAUUGAAUUCUAUUUUUAUUAAAUUAUAUAUUUCUCUUGUUGUUAAGUUUACAUGUUGCUUAGUUACACUUUGAAAUGCUCACAUAGACAUAAUUGUUUUAUUUCAGGCUCAGUUGGUGUUAUAAUAUUGCUUUGUUUAUAAUUUAGCUGCUUUAGCAUCUCGUGUCACCACUCAGUAUGAACAACCAAUAUGGUGAAGAUCAAGAUGAAGCAACCGUCAUUGGAUUUGAAGUGCCAAGAUCACCUGAUUCAAGUUAUAAUAAUGCCUACCCUGGGAAUGAAGAUGAUGCACGUGACCCUCCAGUUGUCCCUCCACACCUGCACCAUUCGUUGUUCAGUUACCCCACGAGUAUGAAUACUUCUGGGAAUCUUCCUUUGCCAGAAAACGUGAUUCUAAAUCAUCUUUACAUUGAAAACCGAGAGGCACCAAGAUCUGUAGUGGCACUAGGGUUUACUCACCGUUUCCGUUCAAAGUAUGUUACUGUUGUGCUAUACAAACCAGUUCCAAGAAGGGGUAGUUCUCAUACUUAAAGUUAUGAACAUCGAAUAGGCCUUCAGUUUGUUGGUUAGCCCUAGUGAUCCAAUUAGUUUCGAUAGACUUGAAUAGGGAAUUAGCUGAAAGAAUAUUCAUUGGUUUUGCUCGAUGACUAUAGGGGUCGUCCAUUGAACCUCAAAAUUUAACAUUUUAACAUGAAAAUAUCAUCAGUUUAUGUUGUGAUACAUAUAAAGCUUUCUUGUAGCUCGGUAUUUGCGGUCCUGUGAGCUUGUUUGCUGCGUAGGAUGGCACUAAACUUAAAAGAACCUGUAUUUGUGGGAAUUGAAUUGAAUGGAUUGGUUCAUUUUGUUGGA